GGGGGAAUAGUGCCCCAUCAUUGGUGUCAGUGGGGGGGGGUAGGGAAUAGUGCCCCAUCCUUGGUAUCAGUGGGAGGAAUAGUGCCCCAUCAUUGGUAUCAGUGGGAGGAAUAGUGCCCCAUCAUUGGUAUUACUGACACCAAUGAUACUUACCUUGCUGACUCCUGCUCCAGCCUGGGCUCUCUCCCUCUCCCAUCUACAGCCAGCAUACCUGGCUGCAGCAGCACCAUCUGCACGGUUCAGACACUUACUGGUCAGCUGUCUUCCUUCUCCGGCCGCUCUCCUCUUCACUCGCCCGGCUCCUCCUUUCCAAGCUCCACCUCCUCGCUGGUGAUUGGCCACCUGUGUGCCUCUCCUGAGCUACAGUUCCCGCG